GGUCGAUGAGCUGCCUCUUCGAGGCUGGAUCGUGGCGUGACGGUCCACUCCACUGCUGUCAUCUGGACUCGAACUGAGAUGUUUAGCCUCAUGGCGAAUUGCUGCAGUUGGCUAAAACGUUGGCGAGAGCCCGCAAGGAAAGUGACACUGGUGAUGGUGGGACUGGAUAAUGCAGGGAAGACGGCAACGGUACGAGGAAUCCAAGGAGAGGAUCCCAACGACGUGGCCCCGACCGUAGGUUUUUCCAAGGUCGACCUGAAGCAGGGCAAGUACGAGGUCACUAUCUUUGACCUCGGCGGCGGGAAGAGAAUCCGCGGCAUCUGGAAGAACUACUACUCCGAGUCAUACGGUGUGGUGUUCGUGGUGGACUCCAGCGAUGUGCAGCGGAUCCAGGAGACGCGGGAGACCAUGGCCGAGGUCCUUCAGCAUCCACGCAUCGCAGGCAAACCGGUGCUAGUACUUGCGAACAAACAGGACCAGGAUGGAGCGCUGGCCGAAGCAGACAUCAUUGAGAACCUGUCGUUAGAGAAGCUUGUAAACGAGAACAAGUGUCUCUGUCAGAUCGAGCCAUGCUCUGCGGUCCUGGGUUACGGCAAAAAGGUGGACAAGUCCAUCAAGAAGGGCCUGAACUGGCUCCUCAGCAACAUCGCCAAAGACUACGAGACAAUUACUGAGCGUGUGCAGAAGGACACGGCUGAGCAACGCGCGCAGGAGGAGCAGGACAAGAAGGAGCGGGCGGAGAGAGUGCGGCGGAUACGAGAGGAGAGAGAGCGUCAGGAGCGGGAAGGGGCAGAACGAGAAGGCAGGCCGAUCCAGGAAGAAGAGCCUGAUGAUGAUGAAACCGUGCUCAGCCCGUUCCAGCCAAUCAACAGUGUCGUCUCUGAGAAUGAGGAUAAAGAAAAGGAGCGGAGUAGGCAGAGAGAGCUGCAGGAGGGCAGGACUAAGGCUGAUGUUGGUCAAGAGGAAGAGGAGUAUGAGGAGGAAGACCCAGACGACUCCAGGCAAACGCCGGAACACUCCAGUUCAGCCACAUCUGUCGAGCAGAACAAGAAGAAGACACGGAAGCUUCACCUCAAGAGGAAGCACCGCGUGGACCCACUGAGGAUAGAGGACGGGCCAACGGAGAGCCCCACCCCUCCACCUCCACCAGUGGGAUGGGCCACACCCAAAGUUUCUAGACUGCCCAAACUAGAGCCGCUGGGAGCCUCAAAACAUUCUGACUUUUACAAGCCUCUCCCUCCGCUUGCAAACAGGCCGCGGCCUAACGGCGACAAUGAUGACGUCAUCUUUUAAACCUCUCUUUAGUGAGGUUGACUCCCGACCAAUCACUGCUCUCCCUUCUUUUUUCUUUCUUUUUUUUACUUUCUGUCUCAAGCGAGUGAAGUCUAGACGGCACGGGAGGGGGGGCGCGAGCCAGCGCUUGGUUGACCGCGAGUGACGUGGAGCAUCAUGGGAAAUGGAGUCCUUUCCUCGGAAGCUGAGAUUUGGCUUCACAAGCUGACACAAGUCGGUGUGACUCGCUGAACUUGCACUGAGCUGAUUUUAUUUGUAUCUGUCAGAAGUGUUUUCACUUCUAACGACUGAAACUUUGUUUUAUAUUCCGCGUGUCAGUGUUAGAUUGGACUGAAAUGCUUUUAAACUGACAAACAUAUGUAAAUAUGUUGAUUCUGACCCUGUAUACGGACUUUGUCUGUCAUAUUUUAUUCAUUUAUUUUUGGUAUCUUCAGUUUUGUAGUGGAAACAUAGAGUCUAAAGUGCUUUAAAUGAGGUAUUUUUCAAAUUGGAACAAAUCAUAUUCCCCCUGAAAAAGCAGGAGUGAGAAAGGAGGCUGAAAAAGAAGUUAGCACCAUUCUGACAUUCUGUAGGCCGAUACUGGUCAGAAAAAGAAUAAAGAAAGACCCGAUAUCAUCUGUAAAUAUCCCCAUAAAUGCUUACGUCACGGUACAUUUUGGUUUGGAAUGGUAAAGCCCUGGGUCAGGCUCUGCGUACCCUGACCACACCAUGUCAUUUCACUCUGGUACAAACAAUAGAACGGUUAUUUUAGUACUCUUCCUAAUGGAAACGCACAAAAAUAUGUACCGUACUGUAUCAAACUGAACCGUGUUGUUUAAAAUGACAACGUUUUGGGCGGAAAUUUGCUGCAUUGCAAAGAAAGUUUAAAGUUAAAACAACCGAGGUUCACAGACGGAGUUAUUUUAACAUCCUGCAGAUGCAACUCGGGGAAAAUCCAUUCUGCCUACUGCAGCAAUUUGUUUCUUCCAUUAUGGGAGGAAAAUAUUUGUUUUUGAAGUGGCUGUUCAUGGUUCGGCGGUAAAUGCAUUGGCACAGACGUGGUAUAAACAGCUUAGUUGUUUUUAAACCAGUGUAAAAAAAAAAAAAAAAAAAAGGAUUAGUAUGGAGCCCAUCCCUAUUACACACUGUAAUAUA